GGCCUCGGCAGCGGCGGUGGACACGCACAGCGGACUGUGUCACCGUCACGGUGUACGACGGCAACGCGACCGGCGUGGUCGUCGGCAACGACACCGGGCCGUCGUCGCUGCCACCGCGACCGACACCGACGCCGCUGGUCACUUACCAGAACGCGGCACCCGGCGACGACGGCUGCGGCUACUGGUGGGCCCUGCUGGCCGUGUGUCUAGUUUUGGCCACCGCUGCCGGCAACAUACUCGUAUGUCUGGCCAUCACAUGGGAACGCCGUUUGCAAAAUGUUACCAACUACUUUCUCAUGUCGCUCGCAGUCACCGAUCUCAUGGUGGCCGUUCUCGUCAUGCCCAUCGGCAUCCUCACUCUGGUCAAAGGAGAGUUUCCAUUUGCUCCAGUUUAUUGCUUAGCAUGGAUAUGCUUAGAUGUGUUAUUUUGCACAGCUAGUAUAAUGCACUUGUGCACUAUAAGUGUUGACAGGUACUUAAGUUUGAGAUAUCCUAUGAAAUUCGGCCGUAACAAAACUAGACGACGAGUUAUACUAAAAAUUACAUUUGUAUGGCUCUUGUCGAUUGCCAUGAGUUUGCCAUUAAGUCUCAUGCACUCAAAAAAUCUUAGCUCAGUAUUGGUGAAUGGCUCAUGUCAGAUACCUGAUCCAUUGUACAAGCUCAUCGGAUCUAUAAUAAGCUUUUACAUACCUUUAGGAGUAAUGAUACUCACGUACACAUUGACCGUCCGACAUUUAGCGGCAAAGAGACAAAAUCUACAAACUGGGAUAACGCGAAAUACAAACCACAGUGGAAACAACGGAAGAAGUUGGCGUAGGAUUCUAAGGAGAAAUUACAGGAGAACAAGGUCGGAUGAGUCGGAUGUUCAAUUAGCUAAAACAGGAGAACCUGUGACUGCGAUAAACUCAGUGACUGUAGACGAGAAAGAAGCCAACCAUGAGACUGCAUUGGAUAAACCACAAUUUUCAAACACAAGAACUGAUAAAACUACCAGUCCUAAUAUUGGACAGAGCAUUUAUGAUAACGAAAAUAUUAAAAUCAACAAUCACGUUCAACAGCCGAACACGCCUAUUUCCAGUUGCACAAGCACUCCGUUCAAACAUCAUCUGUCAGCUUGUUCCACCGAUACGGAAAUGACUUCAUUGGAUGCUCGAGAACUAUGGUUACCUGAUUCGGAACUCACACCGUCGACCAUGUCAGCUUUACAUCAAUUUGGUGCAGAAAUGCUACGCCUAUCCCGAGGUCUAGAACAAGUGGCAUCGUCACCAGAAUCUAAACCCACCUCUCCAACUAGAUCUAGGUUAUCUUCGACUAAAAGCGAUGGAGAUAAUGAGAAUUGUGAAAAUGACUUGGAACAUUAUCUCAAUGAAUCCGUAGACUCUGAAGAAACGGAUACCCCACAAAAUCGACGUACCAAACGACAACGACGACGCCAUCGAAAAAGAUCAGGUACAUUACACGAUUCAAUGCGUCGACGAUUUGACAGCCAACAACACAACCGACCGGUUCGAAUGAGAAGUUUCCACGAAGAUGAAUUUCGUGAUAGGACAGAUCAACCCGACCCCGAACAGGUUAAUGGUGGUGACGAAAAUGAACCUAAAAUUGUAGGUACCCUUCUUAAAGCAGAGUAUCAACGCAAACCUGGUUUAGACGAGGAAAUCUGUCUUCUGCCACCACCUCCGAACCACCAAGAUUCUAUGUCAGGUGCUGUUGUAUCAUCAACGCCACCGCCUAAACAAUUGUCAACCGUCGAUACGGUAACCCGAUGGACACCAUCGUCUAAUUUGAUAAAAACUUCAGUAGCUGGAUUAAAUCAACCCCUGAGGCGUGCCAUGACUCAAAAAUUAAUCCGAAAGAAAACACCGAUACUAGGAUCUUCUAAACAGCAGACACAUAUGACGCGAUAUGGAUCCACACUAGGGCUUCCAGCUACCGCAAACUCCUCACGUCCUAACACACCGCAAAGAUCUGAAAACAUCAGUAGAUCAAGCGUGAUGAUCAGGAAUUCAUACAGACAUGGUCGAAUUAUUCGGUUGGAGCAAAAAGCCACAAAAGUGCUAGGUGUAGUUUUCUUUACGUUCGUAGUACUGUGGACGCCGUUUUUCGCUCUUAACCUAGUGCCGUCAAUUUGCCCAACAUGCGAGGCGUACAUCAGCAAAGGCGUCAUGGAUCUAGUCACUUGGCUGGGCUAUGCCAGUUCGAUGGUGAAUCCUGUUUUUUAUACGAUAUUUAACAAAGUGUUUAGGCAAGCGUUUAAGCGGGUGUUGCUUUGUAAGUACCGGAAACGAAAUAAACGGCAGUCGUGGCCGCCGCCGCCAACCAGGAAGUUGUAAAUCCGGUCCCGUGAGACAUACAAUACAAACAGCACUUAACCUAUUGGACAGAUAACUAAAAUACAAACUCUACAGGCAACUAAGAGUUGACUGGCUUGUCUUG